CGAAUUUUAGUUGUUGUUGCUUUUUGUUGGAACAUCAAAGUCAUUUUCUCGAAACUCGAAUCAGUGAUCCCCGGCCAGAAUUGCCGCAGCAACAGAAUAUCCACACCCACAGCAACCCAUCCAGAAGCAACAACAACUGCAACAGCAACAAAAACAAGAACGGCAACCGCAACGAGAGAGUAACAAAUUAAAUUUGGUUUUAGCCAUACACAAAAAAGUCAGCAACAAGAGCAAAGAGAGGAAGCCCAGAGACAAGAGACACAAGAGUGGAGCAGCCGAGUAGCAGAGGAGAGUAGAAGAGCAGAGAGCAACAACAGCAGGAGCAUCCAUCAGCAAGUGGCAGUCCCAAACGAAGCCGUUUCAAGCAGCCCAUCAAAAUCCGUUACCGUUCCGUAGGGGAAACCAGCAACAAAGUCAGAAACCACAGCACAAAUAUGUCGAGCGAUUCGAGUCGGCGGAUCCAAGUGCCCGAGGAGCUGAAGGAGGUCCUUUUGCAGUUCUCCAUUGCGUAUCUGGUGGAGCAGCCGCCGGAUGUGAUCGAUUAUGCCGCUGACUACUUCAACAAGCUGCAGGCAAAUCGUCCGGCUCCGGCCAAUCAGGAUCAAAGUCAGGAUGAUCAGCAGAGCAUCAACUCCCAGGAUGGAGAAGAGCCACCAGUUAUGCAAAACUCACGCCGUAAAUCAGUCUUUGCCGAGGCGUACGACCCGGAGGCGGACGAUGAUGAUGAGGGAGCCACUGCCAUAUUCCCCAAAACAGAUGAACAGCGCUCACGAUUGGUGGAGUCGGUGAAAAAUGUUCUCCUCUUCCGUUCGCUGGAAAAGGAACAGAUGAACCAAGUGCUGGAUGCGAUGUUCGAGAGGAAGGUACAGCCGGGCGAUUAUAUCAUACGCCAGGGCGACGAUGGCGAUAACUUUUAUGUUAUUGAAUCGGGCAUCUACAAAGUCUAUAUCAAUGACAAGCACAUUAACACCUACAAUCACACUGGACUUUUCGGCGAAUUAGCGCUGCUCUACAAUAUGCCCAGGGCGGCCACCGUGCAGGCGGAAACCAAUGGUCUACUUUGGGCCAUGGACCGCCAGACCUUCCGACGCAUUUUGCUCAAGUCCGCAUUCAAGAAGCGAAAAAUGUACGAGGAGUUGUUGAACAACGUGCCCAUGCUCAAGGCCUUGCAGAACUAUGAACGCAUGAAUCUGGCUGAUGCUUUGAUCACCAAGAGCUUCGAGGCCGGCGAACGUAUCAUCAAGCAGGGUGAUGCUGCCGAUGGCAUGUACUUCAUUGAGGAGGGCACCGUGUCCGUGCGCAUGGAUCAGGACGAUGCUGAGGUGGAGAUAUCGCAGCUGGGCAAGGGCCAGUACUUUGGUGAACUGGCGCUGGUGACACAUCGGCCACGUGCCGCUUCCGUGUACGCCACGGGCGGCCAUGUCCGGCUUGCAUUCCUCGAUGUCAGGGCAUUCGAGCGUCUGCUGGGGCCGUGCAUGGAUAUUAUGAAGCGCAACAUUGAUGACUACGAGUCACAGCUGGUGAAGAUAUUUGGUAGCAAAAACAAUAUCACUGAUACACGAUAAAAAGUCUGAACCACCAAUAAAUAAAUCAAUCAAUCAAUCAACCAGCCACCAUAACCAACUAUAGCUAUGACUACAAAUACAAAUACAAAUACAGCAGGAACAACAACCAACAACCAACACCUGCGAAAAAGGACACUUGCAGGCUUCUUAGGAUUUUAAUUAGCAUUUCAUUUUGAAAUAUGAGCAAUACCACACCACACCACACCACUCCACAGGAACAGACAAGAAACA